AGAAGAAGUUGAGCGACCCAGAAGUGGGCGGGUCCUCGGUUUUGUAGGAGAAGAAGCUAGCCGUUAGCCUCCUGGUGCUUUAGGCUCUGGUUCUGUCUCUAGCCGAUCGACAUGGUCCAACUGGUGGGUUCCCUCCGAAAAGAGCUGGCCGACUCCCUCUCCACCUGCAAGGUGCUGGUGGUGGGAGCGGGAGGGAUUGGCUGCGAGCUGCUGAAGAACCUUGUUCUCACCGGCUUCAAAAAUAUCGAAGUGAUUGACUUGGACACAAUUGAUGUCAGCAACCUAAAUCGUCAGUUCCUCUUUCAGAAGAAGCAUGUUGGCAAGUCUAAAGCACAGGUGGCCAAGGAGAGCGCCCUGCAGUUCUGUCCCAGUGCAAAUAUUACUGCCUACCAUGACAGCAUCAUGAACCCUGACUAUAAUGUGGAGUUCUUCAGAAAGUUCAUGCUGGUGAUGAAUGCUCUGGAUAAUAGAGCUGCCCGCAACCAUGUGAACAGGAUGUGUUUGGCAGCUGAUAUCCCUCUCAUAGAGAGUGGCACAGCUGGUUACCUGGGACAAGUCACAGUUAUCAAGAAGGGAAUGACAGAAUGCUAUGAGUGCCAACCUAAGCCUACCCAGAAGACCUUCCCAGGUUGUACCAUAAGAAACACACCAUCUGAGCCCAUACACUGCAUUGUCUGGGCUAAGUAUCUUUUCAAUCAGCUAUUUGGAGAAGAGGAUGCAGAUCAAGAGGUGUCACCGGACACAGCGGACCCAGAGGCUGCAUGGAACCCAGAAGAGACAGCAGCUCGUGCCACAGCCUCAGAAAAGGAUGGCGACAUCAAGCGCAUCUCCACCAAGGAAUGGGCCCGUUCGACCGGAUACGAUCCUGUCAAACUCUUCAACAAGCUUUUCAAAGAUGAUAUCAUGUACCUGCUGACAAUGGACAAGCUGUGGAAGAAGAGGAAAGCUCCUACACCGCUGGACUGGCAGCAGCUAGAGAACAGUAUGUGUCCUCAGGAGGAGACUCCAGUUUCAGGUUUGAAGGACCAGCAGGUUCUGGGUGUUUGGGGUUACUGCCAGCUGUUCCAGCACAGUGUAGAGACUCUCCGGUCACAGCUGCAAGAGAAGGGAGAAGGUGCUGAGCUGGCCUGGGACAAGGAUGAUCCUCCAGCCAUGGACUUUGUCACUGCAGCAGCAAACCUACGUAUGCACAUCUUUAGCAUGAACAUGAAGAGCCGCUUUGAUGUAAAGUCCAUGGCAGGAAACAUCAUCCCAGCUAUUGCCACAACCAACGCUGUUAUUGCUGGUCUUAUUGUGCUGGAGGGGCUCAAAAUCCUGUCGGGGGAAUUGGAAUCCUGUCGCACGAUCUUCCUGAACAAGUGUCCCAACCUCAGGAAGAAGCUGCUGGUCCCGUGCAUCUUGGACCCACCCAGCGCCAACUGCUACGUCUGUGCCAGCAAACCUGAGGUCACAGUCAAACUCAACGUCCACAAAACCAUGGUCCUCUCUCUGCAGGACAGGAUCCUGAAGGAAAGGUUUGGUAUGGUAGCUCCUGAUGUUCAGAUAGAAGAUGGAAAAGGGACCAUCCUUAUCUCUUCAGAGGAAGGCGAGACAGAGGCCAACAACAGCAAAUUUCUUGCUGACUUUGGGAUCCGUAAUGGCAGCCGUCUGCAAGCUGAUGACUUCCUGCAAGACUACACACUCCUCAUUAAUGUCCUGCAUACUGAGGAACUAGAGCGGGAUGUGGAAUUUGAGGUAGUAGGUGAGGCUCCGGACAAAGCUCCACCCCCUCAGAAUAACCAGGAAGAGGUUAACAGCAUCACCAACGGCAACAAGGACUCUGCCCAGCCAUCCACAUCCUAUAAAGCUCCAGCAGCGGACGAUGACAUCAUGAUCGUUGACUCUGAUGAGGAGGGGGGGGUGUCAUCCAGCUCUGCAGCAGCAGUGAGCAGCGGCACCAAAAGGAAGCACUCGGACACAGAAACUGGGGAGACCUCAACCAAGCGUCCGCGGACGGAGCAAUCAAGUGCAGCAGCUGCCCUCACCGACAAUGACGACGAUGACGACAUCAUCGCUUUGGACUAACCCCUCCUCCAUGGUGUCCUGUAGGACUGAGAACUCUUUGAAAGCUUGUUAUUUUGACUCAAGACAGACAGUAGGCUUAAAUAAAACACCUCUUUUAUGAAGAACAAUUUACUGUCCUACUUUAUCUUUCACCACUUCCUCCUCUCCACCUCUGUGUUUGUGCUUUCAUAUUCCCUCUGCUCUCCACAUGACACUGUAAAUAGAUUCUACACUUGAAAAAGUUUUGAAUAAUACAUGGAACUUCUUUUGUUAUUUUUAUUCAUUCCUUGUCCCUAUAAAAUGCUUCUCUUGAUGGUUAAAAAACAAGUGCUUUUUUGUAUUUUUUUUAUUUUAUAAAAGUACUGUAUUUCUCUUGCUACACAAGCCAGGGUGUUUUGUGCUUUGUGGUCAGGUUAUAAAAGAUUUAAAACCAAAACAUUCUCUUGGGUUGUGAUAUCAAUUUCAGUUGCUGUGAAGGGACCAUAAAAGACAGACAGACCCAGGAGUCUGCAGCUGUGUUACUCUAGCCCAGAUGCCUGCCUGUAGGUGCUUUUGAUGUCUGUGACUGGGUUGGUAAAGCACAGAGGCCACAUUGUGCCAUAGGGUGUUAGUUUGCUACCUCUUUUCUAGAACUAACAUGUUUUGGCUGCAAAUACAUAUCAUACCCUUUAUAACACCGCCACAGUGAGGCAUCCAGCUCUGACAAUAAAAAGAAGUUAUUCAAACAGCCAUUGAGCAGUGCGGUGGGUGGUCACAUGGUUCCCUGUGAAACUGCAGUGACUGCACUGUGUUCCUAAAAAACUCAAAGUGUAAGUGGCUUAGAUCCAGGCUUGUAGUAGUUUAAUGUAAAUAUGUUACAGAGGCUUUUGUUUAGUCUGAUUAGUUCUGUUUGAACAAACAGGUUGCAGUUUGUUUUAUAACAGUUAAAGACAGUUCAGACUGAACAAGUCAUUGUUUCAUAUAGCAGGGGUUAACCUGGACUGUAUGAUAGCAGUGGAGUUCUGCUCUUGAAUAACACACACACAGGGUAGCAGCUGAGCACCUGCUGACUUCUCCAGUGGACCCCCUGUCUCAGUGUCCAUAAUUUCAUAUUUCAUUGUGAUAUGACUUACUGAAAGGCUAUAAGAGCCUUUUGGACUAAUUUGAUGAAGACAAUAAAUUCAACAAAUGCGGA